CCCAUUCUUCUUUUAUAUCCAUUUCAUCACAUACACUGUAAAUUCAGCCUUACGUGAAUCAUACCUUCAGGCUCACUUCUUUCAACGUUUAUCACGAUAUAAUUCUGUUGCCUUCGCCUGAUUACUCGCUUAAAUUGGUUUUCUUUUCUUGGGUGGACAGACAGCGAGAUCUGACUGUGACGCUGAAGCGCGGUGAAACUUCUAGCGAUCGUGGGAUUUAUUAGCCCGAACAGGCCAAGCUCUUCUAGAUAUCUCUAGACCUUCAGACCUGCUAGAGAUACUACGAGAAACAUCUUAACCUGAGGAACGUGUAAAGAAACAGUCUCACCACCAAUACCACUUAAAUCAAAUCAGUAACACCCAAGAACCCAAAAAUGGCGCAACUUUCUCCUCCUUCGAGCGCAAGUUCCACACCUACGUACGACCAAAUCGCCGAAAAAGUACAAGUUGAAAGCCUCAUCACUCAAAUCCUCAACAUCCACGCAAGACUCCAAGCCAACAGCGAAGAUCUCAAGCCAUGUCCUACUGUAAACGGUCUCUUCGGAGAAUUGAUGGGUAUCUGUCUCAUGUCAAUACCAGAUGCCACUUCUCAACAGAUCCUAACGGACCCACGGAUUCUGCGCAUUUUACCAAGUUUGCAUUCGUUGUGUUCACAGGCAGAGUUUGAGCUGGAGAGUUUUUGGUCGAGAAAGAUUUCUGGGGUUGGGAGAUGUCAGUCCACCUCUAAUGCUAAGUCUUACCCUUUAUGGGUUGCUUAGGGAUAUAGCGCUAAUCAGAUCCUGUAAUAUAGCACAAGCAGAGAAAGAAUUGCAUUCAUUCCCAUAUUACAGCAAUUACGUCGACCUCACUCGCCUCGAGCUCGCGUCUUUGUAUGGCAUUGACCCACGACCCAUUCGAAAAGUUGCUUUCAUUGGUUCUGGUCCUUUACCACUAACCAGUCUCUGCGCUCUCGAACAACUGAACGCCCAACUUCCACGUCCCAACCCCAAAAGUUGGUCCUCAUGGUUCCGCUCAAUACUGAAAAAAGACAAGAAAGCGAAGAGAGAAGAAAUCGAAGUUCUGAAUAUAGACCACAGCUCAACAGCAAUAACUAUCUCCCAAAAGCUCUGUCAAAACCUUGGCCCGGUCGCAAAAGGAAUGUCCUUCCAUCUCGGUUCAGCAGAAUCGGAAGUCUCCCCGCCAUCUUCACCCUCUCUCUCGGACAAAUCUAAGCCCAAGGACUCACCUUCAUCCGAUCUAUCGGACUACGAUGUCGUAUUCCUCGCGGCACUCGUUGGUGCAACACAAGUGGAAAAGGAAACCACACUUCGUUCUAUUGUCUCAAGAAUGCGACCCGGUGCGCUACUCGUGGUGAGAAGUGUGGCUGGAAUGAGAGGACUGUGUUAUCCUGUUUUUGAUCCUACAACUCCGGGGGUUAUUGGAGAUGGUAGCUUGGAACUUUGUGCGGUUGUCCAUCCUAAGACGCAUGUGGUGAAUAGUGUUGUUGUUGCAAGGGUUGGGAAGAGAGUGGGAUUGAUUGGAUAGCGGUUUUGCGUGUGGUGGGAAAGGCAGCGAGCGAAACACAAUAUGAAAAUUGGCGAAUGAUUGAAUGGGAGCAAAGGUUUUGGUUUCUGGGAUGGGCGGUAGAGUAUCUCUUGAACAUUCUGUGCAGUAUCCAAAUACUUACAUGGAAGUUCAAGAAGGGGGGUAAUGGGUUGAAUAUUAUAUUAUUGAUAAUGUAAUAGUCUCUAAAGCUGAUUUCUGAACGAAAUCAGACUGAUUUUGGAUGAGCUGAGAUGGUCGUGAACAAUAUGAAUGA